UGUUCUUCUUGAUGUUUCGUGAGCCUUCUCUUGACGUGCCUUUUGAAAACGAUUUUUCACAAAACCACUUCGCUCGGAGGAUAACAAAUGUAAACACGGUUGAAAAUCAAGAUUUGCCAGAAGUCUCUAAAUCAGCUUUGCCGGACUCGUUUUUCUCACAUUUUCUUCAAACAGAUGUAGACCACUCAAUACUAGGUUCCGGAGGAAAUCUCGUUCCUAAUGAAUCCAGGGAUGCAUCCAAAACUUAUGGCUCUACAGCUUCCAAGUUAUCAGGCUGGAUGGAUGGAACGGACGGGCUGCGAACCGCCAAUAUCCCCAAAGAUCGAUCUUGGAUCGGCGUUAGUUCGGGUGCAACCGGUGAUUAUCUGAUGCAACCAUUUGCAUCCACAUGGACUGAAAACGCGUUCAACGUUUUUGGGUCAGCAAUAACAGCCUCAAAUGAUAGGCUGGAUUGUUUUGGUGCUUCAAACUUUGGUGCUAAUCUUUUUGAUCCCAAUUCUACUUCACAAUUUUUGGAACCAUUCAAUGUGUCACCAUCUCCGGAAAGCAAUCAAAGUUUUGCUGGUGUAGGAGGAUUGUGUUCUGAAGUUUGGUCAUCUGCUUCGCCUCAAUACAGUCGUAAUGCCACGCUGUCCCCGCAAGCAGAGUUAGGUUGCUGGAACACUGAAGAACAACCGCUCUCUUUAAAUGGGACUCGAAUAUCUCAACAAUUGUAUCAAGGGUCUCUCAAUCGGGCGGAAGAUUUGAAUUUCAAUAGAAAUAACAGAAAUAUUCCUAGUUUCAAUGACCUCAUGCAGAGUAAACCAAUCGAAAAUCACCAUUCACAGAGAACACGAUGCAAACCUUUUGCAGUGAAUAAAAAAUUGGAAAACGAUAAGUUUGUGACAGAUGCCAACCAAUUCACUCCAAGGGAGGAAUUUGUAGGUAGCUACAGCCUCCCAUCGGAUAUCUAUCCGAACGCUAAACAGCAAGCUCCCGUCUUACCAGGAAGCAAUUCUUCGAGAUGCUAUCGAUAUGAUGACACUACUUUUGGGAAUCCUGUUAACACCCAUGUUAGUCCUGGUCGCUUUCAACAAUCACCGAGUAGGUACCCUCAAGGAACUAUGAAUAUAGAUGCCAUGUAUCCAAUUGGUGCUUCUUACGAUGGUGCUGAAAAUUACCAAUAUAAUAUUCAAAAACUACAAAACCAAAAUUUACAGAAAUCAAGGUUGAGCAAGGUAGAAGUUGGCUGCAACUCACCAUCUAAAGAGCAGCUGACCAAAACUGUUGAACAUAAACCAGCCGAUGACUUGUUGCCGGUUAAAUCUUACUGCAAGGUGUCUUGUCCAAACUUCUUUAUGAGCAGCCCUGAUUGUCCAAGGUGCAAGUUCUACAAUCUCAGCUCGCCAAUAGUGGACAAAGACCAGGUCAGCAAAGGUCAACAAGGAAUGGUUCAGCAUAAAAAGUUCACGGAGCCUCUGAAAUUUCCUCCCAGUAGAAGCGUGUCUUCCACACCUGUUAGUGUUGCUGACUUGCUAGGAAAACAACCCGUUAAAAAUUCUGUGAGCCAACAAGGUGCAUAUAAUCAUGGUGUCCAAAAUGCAGGGUCAGAAGUCGUGACUAUUGACGUGAGUCAUAUAGACAUUGACGAACAGCUGAGACUGUUCAGAGAAAAAAUGAGACUGCGAAACAUGAAUGCAAACACACCCAAGAAAAAUGAGGUAGAGGAACUGGAAACGUUUCCUAUACCUGAAGAUGAAAACGUUCCACAAGUAGAGAAAGAGGAAACAGCGCCCGAAAAUGCGGAAAAGCUAAAUACCGAAACUCCAGAGUCAGAGAUUCCUGAAGGCGAUGACGUCAGUCAAUUUCAGAUUGCUAAACCUUCAAAGCCUAUAACUAGAUACAGUAGAGCACAACUGAUGGAAAUGGGGGACAGCGAAUUGUGCAAAAUUUUGCCACAAGUGAGCGAAGAUUAUAAAGAAUGGCUGCAAAACGUGUUGAUCGCCAAAGCCGCAAAAGAAGCGGAGGCGAAAGAAGAAGAUGAAAGGGUGGAAAUUCAGCUUCAGCCGUCCCCAAAAGCAGAAAAAGAAGAAGUAUGUGAGGAAAAGAAGUCGGCGGCAGUGGCGUCGAACUCAGCGGAAGACAUGGCAGCUCAUUCGAUCUGCAAACGACCCUUUGCAACAACAGUAACUCAGAAAAGAGUUUGCAUGCACCCGAUGUUCCAAAGAGCUCUGAAACAAUCGGUUGCGGACAAGUCGAAUCAGAAAGAGAAAAGUGAAAAAUGAUCCACAAAUGCAUUGGUAGAACAGCGAAAUAAUGAAAUUAAGCUUCUACUUUCAUUGAUGUUUUAAUUAUAGAACUAGCGAGCGAAAUGAAAAGCGAAGAUGGUUGAAGGGAAUUCGUCAGCGAUGUAAAGGCAAAAUCGAAGAUGGUCUCAAUUUAAAAUGAUAUUAGUCAAUUGUAAUUUUGAUUCAAACUUUUUUUCUGAUCAACCUGACCUGUUUGCAAAUUUAAAACAAAGAAGACCUAUUAGCAAGAUAAAUUAAAGGAGUUAUCCGAAUAAGAGUAGUAUG